AGCAAAAAGAAAAGAAGACAUCAUGUCAUUCAUCUGGUUCUGCAAUAACAUCAUGUGGCAAUAAAACAUUUCAAAAAGGAGAAUAGAAUAAACAAUCACACACUGUAUGUGAAGAAAGUUACAAGAAAUAGAUUAUAGAUGUGACCAUGCAGGGAAGAAUUAUAUUGUGCAUUGUAAUCUGUUUAUGCAACAUCAUUUUUUUAGAAGCAAUAAUUCAAGUGACAAGUACAGUAUCAACAAUGGCAGUAAAUCGGAAUGAUUUUGUUUCAAUGAAUGUUCAGUUUUCUCAAGCACCAGUUACAGUAAACUGGGUUCUCCAGAAUUUGAAUGGAUCUAAGACAACAAUUACAAAUGACGUGAACCACUUCUUUAAUUCUCCGUCCGAGCUCCUGAUAUUUUCAGUAGGUCAUUAUGACUUUGGAUUUUACGAUUGUUUUGCCUCUGACGGAGUAGAUAGUUAUCAUCUUGAACUACCUAUAAUACUUUCUGAGACAGGUACCCCGUCCGUAUCAUCGUCCAUGACAUCUCUGGAUAUUGACCCGAUAGGUCAAUCAGUCGAACUGCAUUGUACCUAUUCUGACUCGCACGUCCCCUCUGAUCCUGAUGUUAGAUGGCUGCAUUGUGAUAUAUCGGAUAUAUGUGGUCUUAUAGACAAAGGAAACACUUUGAAAUAUUCCGGAAGUAACGUAACACAUCCGUCCCUAACCAUUCGUAACUAUGCUGGAGAUGAUUUUGGUACUUAUUGGUGUCAGGUGGGAAAUGCAGUGGGUACGUCUAGCAGUCACAUGAUUAAACUAACCGGAACAGUAAAUACUACGGUGGAAACAACAACAACAACAAUAACAAUACCAGACUCAACAACAACAACAAUACCAGACUCAACCACAACAACCACAACAACACCAGACUCAACCACAACAACACCAGACUCAACCACAACAAUAUCAGAUUCAACGACAACAACACUAAUAUCAGGCCCAACCACAACAACUACAUUACCAGACACAAAAUCAACAACAAUAAUACCAGACCCAACAGCAACAAUAAUACCAGACCCAAUAGCACCAACAAUGCCAGACCAAAUAGCAACAACAAUGCCAGACCCAUCCACAAAAACAACAGUAAUACCAGACUCAACAACAAUAACAACAACAACAACAAUACUAGACUCAACCACAACAGCAACAACAAUGCCAGACCCAACCACAAAAACAACAGUAAUACCAGACUCAAAAACAACAACAACAAUACCAGACUCAACAACAACAACAACAGUACCAGACUCAACUUUGCCGUCAAUAUUUAUAACUAGUGACAAUGAAACUACAGGACAAUGUGGUGGUUACAAUAGAGGUAUAUAA